CGUCGUAUGGUACCAUAUCUUAUUCGCGGGAAGUUUUGGGUCUCGGGGAGAGAAAAUGGCUGGUGUGAGAGUGAGACCACAAGGCUCGUGUUCGCUGAGACCAUCGGAGCCAUUACACUGCUACAAGUUGAGAGGUGGUGCUACAACAGUUUCUUUUGCUUCAAAGUUUCAAUCUUUAUGUUGCAAAUCACAGUUCCCGGGAAACCCAUCUCGGAAAUCGAAUUCCAGAGGUGGGUUUUCGAGGAAUUGUUCCCGGAUUGAUGUUGUUUCGGCCGGUGAGCUGAUCAAGAGGUACGUUGAGAAUGGGAAUUGCGAGGAUGCGAUAGUGGUUUAUGUUAAAAUGCUUGAACUUGGUUUGCCUGUAGCUGAGGAAUUUCAGUUCUUUCCGAUUUUGAUUAAGGCCUUUGGGGGGCUUUGUGAUGUGGGCAAGGCUAGGGAGAUUCAUGGGCAUGUGUUGAAAUUGGGGGUUUUGGGCGAUGUUUACGAUGCCAAUUCGAUUUUGGGGGUUUAUUGGAAAUGUGGGGAGGUUGACGAUGCGGUUCAGAUGUUUGAGAAAAUGCCUGAGAGGGAUUUGGUGUCUUGGAAUACGAUGAUAUCUGGGUUUUGCCAUUCAGGGGAUUAUGUGAGCUCGUUGGGGAUGUUUAGUCGGAUGGUUCGGGAUCAUUGGGUGUUGCCUAAUCGGGUGGCUUGCCUUUCGGCUCUCACUUCGUGCUCUUCGCUUCACUCUUUGGUUCAUGGCAGAGAGAUUCAUGGCUUUGCCCUGAAGCGUUGGCUGGAUGGUGAUCAGUUUAUGGUUAGUGGGUUGAUUGAUAUGUACAUGAAAUGUGGGGAUGUGAAGAAUGCGGAACGUGUUUAUAGGAGCGUUAUUGGUGAAGCGUGUAUUAGAGAAAAUACAGUGAUAUGGAAUGUGAUGAUUUCGGGCUAUGUCUCUAAUGGGUGUUGGCCGCAGGCCGCGGAGUUGUUUCUAGAGAUGUUGGCGAUUGGGUUCUUACCCGAUACUUCCACAAUGGUGGCCAUUACAGGUUUGUGCUCUCACCUAAUGGAUUUAGCAUUCGGAAAGCAGAUCCAUAAAUUCUGUUUGAGCACUCAAUUGAACACUGAUGUACGAGUUGAAACAGCUCUUAUGGACAUGUAUUUCAAAUGUGGUGAUAGCACAACUGGUCUUGAAAUCUUCAGAAGGUCCCUGAAUCGUAACAUGGUCAUGUGGGGCGCCGCCAUCUCAAAUUUUGCUCAAAGUAGUCAUCCUCGUGAGGCAUUGAAUCUGUUUCAUGACUAUAUUUUAGAAUAUGGCUUUGUGGAUUCUGUCAUAAUCUUGGCUAUUCUGCGGGCUUGUUCAUCCCUGGCGGUUAAGUCUAUAGGGAUGGAAAUUCAUGGGCUACUAGUGAAAUUGGGGUUUGAUUCAGACCAUUUUGUUGCCAGUGCAUUAGUUGAUUUUUAUUCAAAAACCAGAGAUAUUGAGUCUGCUCAAAAAGUAUUUCACAGACUACCAGCUAGAGAUUUGGUGUCAUGGAAUGCCUUGAUAUCCGGAUAUACUCAGAAUGAGUAUCUAGAUGAAGCUUUAAAGGCAUUCCUUGACAUGCAACUUGAAGAAAUUAGACCUAAUACUGUGACAGUGGCUAGUAUUCUGUCAGUUUGUGCUCAGUUGUCAAUCAUGAUGUUGUGUAAGGAGGUUCAUGGUUACCUAAUACGGCAAGAAUUUGAGUCCAAUGUUCUUGUGAGCAAUUCCCUGAUGACUACGUAUGCAAAAUGUGGAGACAUAAAGAGCUCAAGGAGUGUGUUUGUGAAAAUGCCUGAAAGAAAUUUAGUUUCAUGGAACUCAAUUCUUCUGGGGUUAGGAGUGCAUGGCCAUGCAGAUGAAACAUUUGCUUUAUUUGAAAAAAUGGAAGCGGCAGGAUUGGAGCCUGAUCAUGCAACUUUUACAGCUCUUCUUUCUGCUUGCAGCCAUGCAGGGAGGAUAGAAGAGGGGCUGAAGUAUUUUCAGCGUAUGGUAGAAGUUUACAAAAUUGAGCCUCAACUUGAACAGUACACCUGCAUGGUUGAUCUUUUAGGCCGAGCUGGCCAUCUAAAGCAAGCAUAUGAUAUUAUUUCAACAAUGCCUUGUGCCUCCGAUGAUCGUAUAUGGGGAUCAUUGCUUGGAUCAUGCAAAAUUCAUGGUGAUGAAAGACUGGCAGAAGUUGUGGCUGAUCAUAUCUUUAAACUGGAUCCUACUAAUAUUGGCUACCGUACACUUCUUGCAAAUUUGUACGAAGGUUAUGGGAAAUGGAAUGACGUUACCAGGGUUAGAUCAGACAUCAAAGGUGUGGGACUCAAGAAGAUGCCUGGGUGUAGUUGGAUUGAAGUUGAUAACAAUCUCCAUACCUUUACUGCAGGUGAUCAUUCUCAUAACGAGGCAGAGGAGAUAUAUUUUACAAUAGAAAAUCUGACAACUGAAAUUAGGAAGGCAGGAUAUAUCCCUCAAUUACUGACUCUGGGUGAGGGGCUUGAUGAGGUUCUUGAUGAAGAUCUUACGUCAUCUAGAGACAAGGGUUUGUUGUUUCUGGUUGCAAGUACAAACAAUCACCAACAAGUUUCAAUAUAAAUGACGACAUGACAAUUAGUCAGUCAAAGCUAGGUUGUGCAGCUUUUGAUCAGAAAGGAGACGAUUAACUGUUCUGAGUGAUUGAGGCUGACUCGGAUAAUUCACACUUGAUGACUACAUUACAGCAAAGAAAUGGUUCAUUAGACCUAUCCAUCCAUCUUUGCAACUGAUUGUCUAUUCCUUUUGGAUUACUUCCCAAGACAUGUACCGAGUUGAAUGUAACAUAUAGAGCACAACAUCUUAAUCUCCACCUAGCUGACCUAGAAGAGCUAUUCUAGAAGGUUGGACUUGACUGUGGAAAGAGGUGACUAAAAUCUGGUUUCACAAGGAUGAUUCACUCUGGCUCUCUUGAGUGUUGUUUGACGGCACUGUUUGCUGCCCAUUAUGUUUAAAAUUCAUGAGCAAGCAGUUUAACAUUCCCAAGAUAAUAGAAGGCAGUCUCAUUACCUUUGUUCUCUAUUGGAUUCAGUAAACUCAGAGGAGAAUAGACUGUCAUCUUCUGAAGUGCUCAGACAAAAAGGCCAGUGCAGAAAUCUUAUUGCUGCUUUAAGAUGGACGUUUCACAAACUCCAGCAGUUUACUAUUUGUUUUCUUUACUACUGACAUCACUCAGGUUAAAGCAAAGUUGCAGACAUCAGAGUAUAAGAAUAGUAAUACGUCGCCUUCCGUUGCUGUGAAGUUAGGAGAUGACUAUUUAGAGGCUACUAAAGGAAGAUACAUCAAAUGCAUCUUCAUGGGGUUGAAACAAAAUGUAAUGAGUAGUCUAAAUUUGCUAUUUCAUUAUUUUGCUAUUAAUAUGGUGAAAUAGUGAAAUAGCCAAUUAAAGGUUAUUCAUUUUUUCUGACCUGAUAUCAAUAUCUUCCUUUUUGAAUGUCUUGUUGCUACGGUACUUAUUUUUUGGGUUUUGUUAUCUUCGUAAACCAGUUGGUGCUGGAACCCAACCCAAAUGUGCGGUAAGAAAGACUAGUGGUGAGUAUGACCACCAGAUGAUGAAAUCUGCAAUCAAGGACAAGGACAAGGACAAGGACAAGGAAUGAAGAUGGAAUGGAGGAAUAAUCUUCUAGGGCGCUGUUUGUGCUACCUAUAUGGCUAUAUGUAGCAAUCCACAGGCCGGUGUACAUUAUUUAAUAAGCUCUUGAUAGAGAAUUAGAGACUGGUGUUAGUAGAUGAUUUGGUUUUGUUGACAUUGUGGAAGUGUUGUAAUAUGGUGCCCUCUUUUUCUCAAGUACUAAUUUCAGUUUAGUACCUCUGACCUCUUCA